AUGGAGAUGGAUUUCGGGGAAGGUGCAAUGGAGCAGGAGCGCUUGGCCCAGGAGGCCAAAUCAGCAGAAGCUACGAGCAGGGGCAAGCGUGCUCCCAAAGCCAAGGCCAAGCAGCCUCCGAAGACCUGCUUUGUGUGCCCAGAGCCAUGCUGCAAAGGAAAGCGAUGGUGCUUGUCGCACAAUCGCCAGUACGAUUGCUUGUACUACCAGGCCAAAAGCAAAGGGGAAACCGCUACGCUGGAGCAAGCCAUUAUCAAUGCAAAUCGUGCGAGAGAAGUGUUCUUGAAGUUCUCCUCAGACAAUCCGUCUGAUGGCAAGUGGCGCAGAAAGUCAUUGAUUGAUUGGUCUGCCUUCAGACGGGAGUUCGUCGUGGCAAGAACGGUCCGUUCUCGAGAGGGCACUACUCCCUACGAAUAUGGACAAUGGCUGAAGCGUGGUGAGAAUAUCAUGGGCUGGUCUAAAGAGCAAAGCAAAAGCGAGUGGGAAAAAUACCUCGCUGAUGAAAGCAUUGAGCGAGACAGCCUUGGGAUUGGCAAUUCUCUGAGGCUUUGGUUGCCUGUAGUGGCAGAAAAGCAUAGAGAUAAAGAUCGGACGGUGUUGGCCAAGGUGGAAGAAGGAUCUCAGCAGUACAAAAACUUGUCGGAGGCUGACCGGGACAUCCUGAUGAAGCAUGCUGGCUCUACUGCGGGUCUUGGACAGGCUGAAUCCUGGCUCCGUCAGGAUGCAUCAAUGGGUGAGGAGAUCAUCGUGACCCCGCAAAAGAGAAAGCAAUCGGAUGAGAACGAGGACAAGGAUGCAGAGAUUGAGACUCCGGAGGCGAAGAGGAAGCGAUUGCGCUUCGAGAAGAUGACCGGUGCAGCUCUUUCAGCCUUUAAAAACACAAAGCUCGAGCUUGUGAGAGAAAAGGCUGAGGCUUUGGAGGCCUCGCUCGUGGAGGCCAGGACAAAGCUUCAGGAGGCCAGCGAGAAGCUUGAGCAGGAGACCGCCAAAGACGCUGUGAUGACAUCGUACGAAAAGACCCUCGCUUCGUGCCAGGGCUUGGUGGAUGAAUGGAAGAAGUUCGUGGCCGUUGGCGACGAUGCUGAAAAGAAUCGUGAAGCGGUCGCGGCUGCAGACCAGGCCCUCAAGGAGCAGUUGGCGACCAUGGGGGACGUCGCUCUUGUCAAGGCGGAUGCGGUCCUGCACUCGAAAACCUUCUUCAAGCUGGAGGCUCAAGCAAUGCUGCAGCUGGUGAAUGCCCAGGCUGUCGACGACACGUUCACCCGCAUCAUGAAGCAGGACGCCGCCGUGGUUGAGCUGUUUUCGAAGGCAUUGAAGAAGGUAGGAACCGAUGUCGUGAACUACAUCAAGCAAAAGGCCAGGAACAAGGAGCGUGCAUCAGCGAAGGAGAAGAAGGCUGAGGAGAACAAGGAGCUGCAGAAGGUCCGUGAGCAUGCCAAAGCAGCGGCUGCAAAAGUCAAGUUGCUCAAGGGCAGUGCUCACAAAGUGUUCGGCAUUGACCAAACGGCGUGGAACGCCUUUGUCGAGAACGAUGGCAAGGAUUUCGACGUGGCCGCGCACCUUGACAAGCCUUGGGUCCUCCGCGCAUGUGAGCAAGCCAAGACGUGGCGCAAUCAGGGCGACGUGACGGUGAAGCUCAGCGAGUUUGGAGGCGUCUACAAGAAGGCGAAUUCCUUUAAGGCCGAGGGACGUGCAAUCGCAGCCGUGAUUGCCAAAUGUGGCAAGGAGGCUGCCGAGGCAUUGAUGCACAAGGUGUUCCCAUGUGAUGACAAAAGGCUUGAUCUCAGCACCGUGAAGGACGGCGAGCUCUUUCACAGCAACUUGUGGUAUGUCGGCUUUGACAACAAGAUGGCUGGCUGCUGGUUGUGUCCAAAUGGUGCGGCCAUGAUUCGCGUCUUGGCGAUGGGAUCCAUGAAUGUCGUGGCUUUCCCAGUGGAGGAGGUGGCAUCCAGGGUAUGUGAGAAAGUCGCUGAUCCCACAUGCGAUGAUCUCAUUCAGUACAUCUUGGAUUUCGCGGAGGAUGCCGACAAAUCGAUCGGCUGGGCUGCCACCGUGAAACAAGACGAUGUCGCGUUCAUCCCGCAAGGAUGGAUCAUUGCUGAACAGUGCAAUGGAACGACACCUCUCGUGUACGGCGUCAGGAAGUCUUAUAUGCUGACGACCGAGGCAUCGAAGACCAAUUACGGUCGUGUGAUUGAGAUCUUGAGAAACACCGGCCGCGAUGUCGCGAAGAUGGAAGAGUUCUUGGCACUGUACGACGAGAGUGACAAGAGCAAGGACAAGGACCCUCCGGCGGAUCAGGCGGUUCAGGAAGGACGGGCUGCUGAGUGA